AUGGUCAAAACUGAGCGUUGUUGUCAGUGUGAAAGGUGUUUAAAGAAAUCUAAUAUGGGUGACGAAACCUAUCACGUGUAUACGAGAACGGAAAAUAUAACAGAACAAGAUGAUAAACAUCUGGCUGGAGCAACAAAAGAAAUAAGAAACGAUUUGACUGUUAUCAUACCCGAAAAUCCGUUCCCGGAUAUUGCUGUGGACGCAUACCCACCAUUAAAGUUCUCCUGGGUUAUACCGAAAAAACUAGCGGCAAUGGCGUUCCCAAGGCACGUGGAGAAUUUAAAGUUUAUUGUAAACCAAGGAAUAACUCAUCUGGUAACACUAACAGCAGGGAAGAAACCUCCAGUAGACGGUAUUGCCAGAUUAAGAUGGACUGAAAUACCCAUAGAAGAAUUCGGAAAUCCUACAGUCGAGCAAAUAAAGACGUUUAUCGAUGUUUGUAAAAGAUCAGAUAAAAACGGCGAGGUGGUCGGUAUCCACUGCCGUCAAGGCCGCGGUCGUUCCGGGGUGAUGUUGGCCUGCUACCUCGUUCAUUUCCACCGUUUCCUUCCUGACCAAGCAAUGAACGUCAUACGAAUGAUACGACCAGGUUCAUUGGACUUUGAAGAACAUGAAGAGGCAGUUGGCAAAUAUUUUGAAUACUUGACUGAAAGCAAUCCGUUGAGAUUCGGAGUCAGUGGUGAGGUUAUGGAGGAGUUUAUUGAAGCGGCCAAGGAAGCUACCAAGGCAGCCUUGUAA